CUGACUUUUCAAACAUUUUACCAUGGUCAAGAGAAAGCUAAACGAGCACGAUGUCCCCGAGAACGCUGAGGUCGUUACCUCUGCGCAAUCCCAAAGCGCAUCCUUCGACAGCCUUGGAUUGGACGCCCGCCUUCUCCAAGGCAUAGUUCGGCAGAAGUUCUCGAACCCGACGCCCGUGCAAGCCAAAGCCAUACCCCUUGCCCUCGAGGGUAAAGACAUUCUCGCUCGCUCGAAGACCGGCUCCGGCAAAACCGCCGCCUAUGUCCUUCCGGUUCUGCAAUCCAUCCUGAAGCGCAAAGCCGACCCGAACUUCUCCAAAUGCACCACUGCCCUUAUUCUCGUUCCGACCCGUGAACUGGCUGGACAGGUUACCAAGACGAUCGAGUCCCUAGCGGCGUUUUGCGGGCAAGAUGUGCGGACGGCGAACAUUACCAUGAAGGAGGACGACCAGGUGCAGCGCGCACGGCUGGCGGACAACCCCGAUGUUGUCAUAGCGACCCCAGGCCGGGCGUGUGUCAACCUAAACAGUUCCGCGCUAUCCCUGGACAAGCUGGCGCAUCUGGUCAUUGACGAGGCGGAUUUGGUGCUCUCGUACGGCUACGAGGAUGAUCUCCAGAGCAUCUCCAAGUCCAUACCGAAAGGCACCCAGACGUUCCUUAUGAGCGCUACGCUAAGCAGCGACGUGUCUGAGCUGAAGGGUCUUUUCACCCGGAACCCCGUUGUGCUGGAGUUGGACGAGGAAGAGAAGGACACUGGCACGAUCAGCCAAUACAUUGUGCGGUGCGCCGAGGAUGAGAAGUUCCUUCUCAUCUACGCGAUAUACAUGCUUAAGCUCAUCAAGGGCAAAUCCAUCGUAUUCGUGGCAGACAUCGACCGCUGCUACCGGUUGAAACUAUUCCUUGAACAGUUUGGCAUCAAGAGCUGCGUCCUCAACUCCGAGUUGCCAGUAAACUCGAGAUUACACGUUGUGGAGGAAUUCAACAAGAACGUGUACGACAUUAUCAUUGCUACCGACGAGCAUGAGGUGAUGGGCAACGAGGACAAGAAGAAUAAGAAGAAGAAGAAGGCCAAGGAUGAAGGGGAAGAGGAUGAGGCAGACGAGAAAGAAAAGGACAAGGAAGAGAACAAGGAGGAGAAGGACGAGGAGCAGGAUGCCGAAGACCAAGCGGAUGGCGAGACCCAAAACGGCGAAGGGCAGCCUCCGAAGAAGAAGAGAAAGGGACGCAAGAGGGACAAGGAGUACGGUAUUGCCCGCGGCAUUGACUUCCAAAACGUCUCUCUCGUCCUCAACUUUGACCUCCCCACGACAUCAAAAUCCUACACGCACCGCAUCGGGCGCACAGCGCGGGCGGGCAAGACGGGCAUGGCGCUGUCGUUUGUGAUCCCGAAAGAGCAGUACCGCAAGCACAAGCCGACAUCGAUCGAGUCGGCCCAGCACGACGAAGACGUGCUGCGCAAGAUCAUCAAGUCGCAAGAAAAACGGGGCAACGCGGUGCAGCCGUACGCCUUCGACAUGACGCGGCUCGAAGGCUUCCGGUACCGGCUGGGCGACGCGCUGCGCUCGGUGACGCGGAUCGCGGUGCGGGAAGCGCGCGCGCGCGAGCUGCGCCAGGAGCUGCUCAAGUCGGAGAAGCUGAAGCGCCACUUCGAGGAGAACCCGCAGGACCUGGCGCACCUGCGCCAUGAUGGCGAGGUCCGCACUGCCCGUACCCAGCCCCAUCUCAAGCAUGUCCCCGAGUACUUGAUGCCUGCGGGCGCGAAGAAGGAUUUCGCGAACGAGGUCGGCUUUGUUGGCUUUAAGAAGGAUGAUGCCCGCGAGAAUAGGAUCCGCAAGGCGAGGUUGACGAAGAAGCGGAUGGGGAAGGGCGCGCCCGUGAGGAAGUCUGAUCCGCUCAAGACGUUUAAUGCGAAGGGAAGGGGCAAGAAAUAAACGUAUGGUUUGGGGGGAGGGGGAAGGGGGGCGGUAUCAGGGCUUUGGUUGGUUGGUAGGUAGGUAGGAGGAAUGACAGCUCGACAGCUACCCGUGUGCUCUUGAAUUGAACAUCUAUACCCUCG